AUGGAUACUAAAUUGAGAUGGAAACGUUUGACUCCCAAUAAUGCUAUGCAAAAACGUGGUGGACAUAGUGCAACCCUGAUCGGUCAGAAAUUAUACAUUUUUGGUGGUUGUGCUUAUACAAACAAUAAUAAUCAAAGUAUGAUAAUAUUUCGAAAUGACAAUAAUAAUAAUAAUUGA